AUAAUUGUCGACAAAGACCGACCAAAAUGAAGACAAUUUUGGCCAAUCAAGUGGUGAAGAUUCCCGAAGGAAUUAAGGUAUCGGUGAAGAACCGGACGGUGCGAGUGAAGGGACCUCGAGGUCAGUUGGUCCGCAAAUUUCAGGCACAACUCGAUAUGGAAAUGAUUGGCAAACGACGGCUGCGCGUCCAGAAGUGGUUCGGCAAUCGCAAAGAGUUGGCCACCACAAUUUUGGCCAAUCAAGUGGUGAAGAUUCCCGAAGGAAUUAAGGUAUCGGUGAAGAACCGGACGGUGCGAGUGAAGGGACCUCGCGGUCAGUUGGUCCGCAAAUUUCAGGCACAACUCGAUAUGGAAAUGAUUGGCAAACGACGGCUGCGCGUCCAGAAGUGGUUCGGCAAUCGCAAAGAGUUGGCCACCGUUCGCACCAUCUGUUCCCACAUCGAGAACAUGAUCGUCGGCGUCACCAAAGGAUACCAGUAUAAGAUGCGUACGGUUUACGCCCACUUCCCCAUCAACGUGACCACGAGUCAGGCGGGAACUGUUGUGGAGAUCCGCAACUUCUUGGGCGAGAAGUACGUCCGCCGCGUGGAAAUGCAUCCGGGAGUGACGUGUGUGAACAGCACCGCCCAGAAAGACGAGCUGAUACUGGAGGGCAACGACAUCGAGGGGGUGUCCCGAUCGGCGGCACUCAUCCAUCAGUCGACACUCGUUAAGAACAAAGACAUCCGAAAGUUUUUGGACGGAAUCUAUGUCUCCGAGAAGACACACGUCGGGGUGUCCCGAUCGGCGGCACUCAUCCAUCAGUCGACACUCGUUAAGAACAAAGACAUCCGAAAGUUUUUGGACGGAAUCUAUGUCUCCGAGAAGACACACGUCGUGAUCGCCGAA